AGAAGUGGCAUCGCUAAUCAAACAGGUUGUAAACAAAACUCUGAAAAAUAGCUUCAGUUUAGUGAAAAAAAAAGUAAUACUCCUGCAUGCUUGAGCUAAGAUGCGUUUCCACAUGAAGAGCGGCAGCGAGGACAACGACAUUGUGGCGGCCACAGCCACCGCCGAGCAUAUCCGCAAGUUCGUCUUCAGCGGAUCACCCGCUGAGCGACUGGAGAUCAAAAUACCCGAGCUGCUUCAGGGAGCCUACUCCUUCUACACGUGGCCGUGCGCUCCAAUCCUAGCGCAUUUUCUGUGGGAGCGACGACAGACAUUGGCCGGGAAGCGCAUCCUGGAGCUGGGGAGCGGCACCGCCCUGCCCGGCAUCCUGGCCGCCAAGUGCCGCGCUCAGGUGGUACUUACCGACAACUGCAUUCUGCCAAAGUCACUGGCCCAUAUCCGAAAGUCCUGCCAGGCCAAUCAGCUGCAGCCGGGCGUUGACAUCGAUGUGGUAGGUCUGAGUUGGGGCCUGUUGCUGAACAGUGUGUUCCGGCUGCCGCCUUUGGACCUUAUCAUUGCAGCAGACUGCUUCUACGAUCCCAGCGUGUUCGAGGAUAUCGUGGUCACAGUUGCCUUUCUGCUGGAGCGAAAUGCCGGAGCCAAAUUUAUAUUCACAUACCAGGAGCGGAGCGCCGACUGGUCCAUCGAGGCGCUCCUCAAGAAGUGGAAGCUGCAGGCUUUGCCCAUAAGCAUGGACGACAUUGGCAAGGAGUCGGGUGUGGAUCUGCUAGAAUUUAUGGGUGGGCACACUAUUCAUCUUCUGGAGAUCACGCGCGUCGAAAGCGAUGGCACAAUAAAUAAUACAUAA